AUGAAGUUCAUCACGUAUGGAGCCUACGUAUGGCUUCCGCUCAUCACGGGUUUGGUGUGGUUCGGGAUGCUGGUUGGAUUGCUAUUAUUUUGGCUUGUAUCUGCUCAUGGACAGAAAUAUCGGCCGGAUGAAGGAAGCAUUCUAUUUAUAUCGGAUAUUGGCGCAGCCCAUCUGAGUUGGUUCACGCCCGGAUGCACCUUGGUUUUCUUAUUUUAUUCAAUUACUUUACUCGCCGAAAGAUGGCUGAGACAUCACCAACGUAUACCACAAGUGGUUGGGAAGCGGCAGCGAUUUUGGGGGUAUUCCACCGCGCUUAACGGCAUAUUAGGCGGCUUUUCCCUCAUGAUGUUAUCGUUCUUGGAUACAUUCAACCAUCCGACCGCUCAUUGGUGUUUUACGUUUACGUUCAUGAUAUUUAUAGCAAUCAGCUCGUUCAGUCAAGUUGCUGAGGUUUUCUUUCUCCACAAAGAAUACCCCGAUCGGGCACAUUUGAAGCGCAACGCUUUACUCAAGUUCUCCAUCGUGUCGAUCUCUGCAGUCCUUGGUGUCGUUUUUGGAAGUUUGUACAUGACAUGCGGAGGCAAAUCUACCACGUGGCGCGGUAAUCUACUGCUAUCUGCAUCCGCCAUAUGCGAAUGGUCUGUUGCUUUUCUGCUGACGUUCUACUUUCUGACGUUUACUUUAGACUUUUGGCCCGCUGCCAAAACUUCUUCAAGAUUCAAAGGUCAAAUAGAAUCAAGGUUCCUGCAGGAGUCAAAAAAUUCAGAUAACUUUGAUACAAAACUUGCUUUGGAAAAAGGGGUUGUACCAUCUGAACUCGACCAAGCUGAUCUUCCACCGCAAAAACAGCUGGCAGUCAUCUAA